AUGGCUAAGGUCUUCUGGAAUGCCAAACAGAUAUCCUCGGAACUGAAACAAUACUACAAAGUGGAGGGCCUUGACGAUGUUCGGGUUAUCCGUGAUCGCCAGACGAAGCAGUCGAGACAAUUUGGCUUCCUCCGCUUUUCGACUUUGGCAGAAGCAGAGGAGUUCAUGGACCGAAACUAUCCCACUCUCUACCUAUACGGUGAUGACAACAAGUCUAAGGGAGAUGCCUCGAAAGUGCGGAUUGCAUUCGGCCGCGAACGCAAAGACCAAGUUCGAAGUGAUGAUGCCGAUUGGAUCUGUGCAAACUGCAACAUCAACAAUUUCGCGACCCGGAAUAGAUGCUUUCGGUGCCAAGCUGAGAGACCAGACCCCGCGCUUGCUCCUCCGGCAAGAGCAGCCAAUGUGGGCGACAACGAUGUCUCACCAGACAAUCAACCUUCGCAAUUCCUCCUACUGCGAGGUCUUGAACCUUCGGUCUCGGAGGAGCUGCUGGCCAAAGGCGUCUCCAAGCUCAAUAAACCGAGUGUGUCGAGCACACAACGAGACGACACUCCCGCAAAGAAGGGCGCAAAGGUUGCGUCUACGACCGGCGAUGCAAAUCUUGGUGCUAAGGAGGGCACUUUACGAAGAGUUCUUCUUGUUCGUGACCGAAGAAGCAACGACAGCUGGCGGUACGGGUUUGCCGAGUAUGCCUCGAUUGAGGACGCGCAGGCCGCCUUGGUCAGAUACAACUCAUUUGAGCGGUUCACUAUCGCCUCGAAACAGGUGCUGGUCAGCUACAUCCACGCCGGGGUCUUUGUGCCGGUCCUCAAUGCCACGCCGGACGUCGAGCGCUUCUGCUUCAGUCCCAUAGGCAACCCGGCUCUGAAGCUGGCUUACUGGGACGAGGCCGGUUAUGUCACCGAACUGGCUGUUUCGAUGCCUGCCCAGGCAGCAGCACAACGCUCGUCUAAGGGCACGUCUUCAGUCCUAGCGGCAGACCCGGGGAUCAAACAAGUAAAGGACAACGAAAAGAGCACAAAGAAACGCAAGGCACAAUCCGACGCCGAUGCAGGAAACAAGAAGCCCGCAUCCUCGCACCUCCAAUUCUGGAGCAAUCGCCACGCCGAGCUACAUGGGAUAAAGCACCCUUCCCACAAGGGCGAAGACUCAAGGUCGACAGACGGAGAUAGCUCGACCGAGGGCCCUUCGUCACAAUCGUACGCCGACCCGCACCGCCAUUGCUGCUACCUGUGCAUGCGCCAGUUCGGCAACGCCGCCGAAGUCAACAAGCACGAACGUCUAAGUGACCUACACCGCCAGAACCUGCAAGACGAGACGAAAGUCAAAAAUGCAGAAGCCAAACUGACGAAGCAUGGGAUUGAGCUUCGUCAGACAGGCACAAGCGCGGCCCCGUCCUCCGGGGAACCAACCAGGGAAUACCGCGACCGUGCCAAAGAACGACGCAAGGUCUACGGCGUGGUCAACAAAAAGGGAGAACAAGUCGGCGGUACCCACCCACCGAAAGCCUCACGUGCGUCUUUGGAGAGAGACGACGUGGCAGUUACCCCAAUCCAGCAGUCCAAGGGCGCCUCCUUGCUGAGUAAGAUGGGAUACACGCCUGGACAAGGCCUCGGUGCCUCCGGGGAGGGCAUGACCGCGCCGAUCAGUCAGGAUAUUUACGUCGCUGGCGUGGGGUUGGGCGCUCAGGGUGGCAAGCUUGGCGACGCGGUCAAGGAGGCGGAGAGGAAUACCAAGGGCGAUUAUGGCGGCUUUUUGGAGGAGACCAGGAAGAGGGCCAAGGAGCGGUAUGACAGUCUGGGGUAG